AUGCUGCAACAAAAUCCACGAGGGCCGCAACAGCCCUCGUCUCGGACGUCGCGACGCGCGUCCUUCGCCGAUGCGAGUACGCCGUCAACAUCAACAUCAUCAUCGUACAGCGCCUCCUCCUACUCAGGUAGUGAAGGGGGUUCCGGCAGCAAGACAGCAUCGUACUCCGGGGGCAGCGAUAUCUACAGCUACAGCUACAGCGGGUCCACAUCGUCCACUGGAAGUGAAACAGUGUCAAAGACGUCGAAUAUGGUGCAGAUGUUGGCAACACCAUCUUCACGUUCACCGCAACCGAAGCAACAACAACAACAAAAAUGGGAAUUGCAACUGCCACCGCGUGUGCCACAGCCAUCUCCUCAAGUCUCUCCCUCGAAUGUGGCAUAUGCGCGAUCUGCAGAUAUUUCUGCCGCAAGAUCUGUCGGCUCUGUUAGUGAGUCGUCUGAGAGUUACAGUGUGAGUGGGAGCGGGGGUGAGAGCGGGAGCGGGAGCUACAGUUACAGUCACAGUGAGGAAGAUGAAGGAGAGAGCGAGGGGAGCACUGACUCUAGCGGUAGCGGGAGCUACAGCUACAGCUCAAAGUCAACGCCGAGCGAGGACCUCACGGAGCCGCCUAAGCGCGCGGGUGUCUGUAAAGCUAAGGAAUCGGAGUCAUCUUCGUCAUACACGUAUUCUGGGAGCACGAUGACAACAGGCGAAAGCAGUGUCACCGCUGCGAGUGAAAGCUCGUACAGCGGUACAACUUCGGACUCCUACGGCACUGGCUUCUCAGCCACCAGUGCUACAGGGAGCAGUGGCAGCUACAGCUACUCGACGGAUCGGCGGACAUCGUCGUCAACCUCAAGGACGCUGAGGGGCGGACGCGAGCUGGAAACAAGCUCCUCCCAGACAGGGACCACAGUAAGCGGCAGCACAGAUGCCACAAAAAAAUCAACAGACGGCGACUCGUACAGUUACUCGUACUCUUACUCGUACAGCUCAAAGGACGGGUCAGGGUCCGUGCCCCAUCGCUACUCCUCUACCACCAGCACAGAGUCGGGAGAAUCAGAGAUGAGUUUGACCACGAGCGGGUCAGAUACGAGGAGUGCGUCACUGUCUUCAUCGUCCUCCCUAACCCGAAAGGCAACAAAGGAUCUGCCGCCGCGCCAUCCCACAAGCAGCGUUUCGGCGACAACAACAACCACAUCCCUCAUAACGGGGGACACCGGCACCCAGUGCGGCUCUGGUGAUUCACCUCUUGACGACGUCACUUCUGCAUAUACGGCCAGUGUGGGUGGCCCCAGCAGAACCACAACAGCGACAGGCAUGGGUCAGGAGACGGUAUCGGUAGAAGAACGCGAGCUAAUCGUACUAGCUACACCACCCGAAGAGGCUCCACGCAUCCACCAGUUGCCGCGCAGCUGUCUUGUGCCCCGUGGCUCUGUGAACGAUACAUUCUCUCAGUUCCUUGACCGGCUCGCUGAGGUGCAAAGCGACGUGCUUCGGAGGGAAGCAGAGAAGUCGGCGGCGGCGGCGGCGGCGGCGGCAGUAACAACAUCAAAGAAUGGUUCGAAGGUGAAGAAGGCAAAGACCAGUAAGAAGGACACACCAAGCGCAAAUGUCAAGCAGGAAGAAGAGCAGGCAGCGCCAGAAGGGGCGAUCAAAGUUGAAGCAAAUAUACCGUCGGGGCACUUCAUAAAGAGGAGCAUUAAGUUCGCGCUCAAGGCGGCUGGCGUUGAGACAGUGGAGGAGUGUGCCUCAGUGAUGAAAAGUCUCGCUUUUCCAGUGCAGCGCGAUCUCACUUUAGCACUGCUGGACAGAUAUGCACACCAGUGCCUCGUGCGGCGUCUCACUUCCAUGUUCUUGACACAUGACAGGUUCUGCUCAGGUGAAGUUUCACUGGGCAUAGCGCUAGAACUACUGGGGCGUUGCGGCAUCGCUAACCGGGUUGCGGGUAGUGUCACAAUGAGCCUCCACCUUUCAUCGCCGAAAAGUCGCCUCCCGCUUCUCUGUGUUACACAGCGAGUGCCUCCGUCAGGGCCACCUGUUGCUAUGGUGGAGGGACAGGAGCCACCGGUGCUUGAGACGCAGAUAUACACGGAGGUGGUGGAUGUCUGCAGCGGUGUCUUGCGUGCGGGGAACACAGACGUCUAUUGGGACGAGCGGAAGGGUGACAUCUAUGUGGGGAAAGCCAUUGUUGCGAGGGUGAUUUCGACACAUGAUGCCGCGAGGAGUGUGAUUAUGCAGCUCGAGGCACUUAUUCAUGUUUGCCUCGCCAUAGAAGCAUGCGUCGUCAAUGAAGAUCUGUCGUCUGCCGUUCUUUAUACCCCGUUGCUCACUGCGCUUUUGCCAUUUGCACCGGGUGGUGCCCCAAACACAAAAUCUAUUAUCGUCGAAAACGCCUUUCAGACUGUGCUGAAUCCUAUGCUGCAGCUUGAGGGCCUGGCUGCUCACCGUCGUUUGCAGGAAUACCACUUUGGCAACGGCGAGGACCCUGUUUUGCGCGACACACUCCCCGAUCGCUUGGAAGGGAGGUCCGGUACAACAAUGCAGCAGCAGCUGCGGCACAAUGUUGACUGGGCACCCACACCCUCUGCCGACGCUCAUGGCUUUGAGGCUACGAAAGCACUGACCCCCAACGACGUGUACUGUGAGUUAGGCCUUAAGAAGCUGCGUCUUGCGGAGGCUGCGCCCGCCGGGGCGCGUUGUUACUGCCUUGUGAGCGCCAAGAAGGUGGCGAGUGAUGAGUGGAUGCCGGCGGUUGUGGUCCCAGUCUUGGCGGUGAAACCAUCCAAGAAGGGUGGAUACAAGUGGACUUUCAGCCACGAUAACACCCAUCGUGUCUUUUUCGCUGGGGUGACCGCGGAUAAACUUUACAUUGAGGCCUGCUACGACGUGGAUGAGGCGACGGGAGUGACGGCCACGUGGUGCGCGGGUCACACAACAAUGGCGUGCAGUGACGCGAAGAGUACCACGCUCCCCGUCCAGCGCGGCAGUCUGCUUACCCCCAGAAACGCACCCGCAGCGGAUGGGAAGCGUGUUACCUCCUCGGGGGGGUGCUUCUUCUUCUUGCGGCGGAAGACCAACGCGCCUCCUGCUACAUCGCUUGCGAUUGUGGUGAAGCACGUACAGGUGAAGGCGCUACCGCCACGGGAUCGCAUGCCAGGCUGCUUUUUGGCGCUGCGGCGCCACGUGCCGCUGAUGGCAGAGGUGCGUGACGCAAUACUGAGCAUUGGUGGACCCCGAACGCACCCGUGGCUUGUGUUGCGCCAACAGCAGGUGCAGAGCUGCCUUGCAGUGGCCGCCAAUCCACACCUCAUGGACGUGAUGCAGGUGCUGUGGGACCGCACACUCCGUGGUAAGAUAGGGACAAAGCCAAAAGACCCGUCGCAUCGCCACAAGGCAAUUCUUGCACUCGCCGCCAAGGUUGUAGCUGUACACAACACCAUUGCUGGAGAUCCGAGCGUUAUCACCGACAUUGUGGCAUCUGGUGCGGCGAUCCGUGUCCCAUUGAAUCCUCAGGCCUCUCAAAUCCCUGUGUGUGUGUGA